GGAGUAUAGUCGUGUUCAAUGUUCACAAUAUAAAACGGUAUAAUGGUUGAAAACAGUGCAGAAAUGUGAAAACUAUUAAAAGAUUGGAGAUGCCAGGAUGUUAGAUAAUAAUGGCAGUCUCGUCUGUACCAGCAAUAUUGUUGACGAUGGGUAGCGAUGUUGCUGGAUAGGACUGCUCGUCAUAGUAGUCGUACUCGAUGGUAGUCGCUGAUGUGGGCAAAACGUCUGUAUAUGGUAGUGAUGGGAUUUCCUUCAUAGUAAGGAGGAUUGCCUCCGUAGUAAGGGGGGUUUCCUCCGUAGUAAGGGGGGUUUCCUCCGUAGUAGGGAGGGUUACCUCCGUAGUAGGGAGGGUUUCCUCCAUUGUAUGGCUGCGCCAGAGUUGUGUAUGUAGGCAAAGGCUGGCUACCGCCAUUGUAGCCGUUAUAACUAUCGCUGUAACCACCGUUGUAGCCGUUGUAGCUAUCGCUGUAGCCACCGUUGUAGCCGUUGUAGCUAUCGCUGUAACCACCGUUGUAGCCGUUGUAGCUAUCGCUGUAGCCACCGUUGUAGCCGUUGUAACUAUCGCUGUAGCCACCGUUGUAGCCACCGUUGUAGCCACCGUUGUAACCAUCGCUGUAACCGCCGCUGUAGACAGCGUUAUAUGCGCUAUUGCCGCCGCCGUCGUAACCGCCGCUGUAACCAUCGCUGUAGCCACUGCUAUAGGUUGGUACAAUCACAGGUAUGUAGGGGGUUGGUGUAAUCACAGGUAUGUAAGGAGUUGGUGGAAUCACAGGUAUGUAAGGGGUUGUUGUAAUCACAGGUAUAUAAGGGGUUGGUGCAAUUACAGGUUUGUAAGGGGUUGUUGUAAUCACAGGUAUGUAGGGAGUUGUUGUAAUCACAGGCUUGUAAGGGGUUGUUGUUGUUGUUGUUGUGGGAAGGACUCCAUUCCAGGUGUAGGUCGGCAGUGGAAUAGCGAUGGAGAUGCUCGGGCCAGGCGGCAGGCCACCUCCACAUGGAAUAAUAACACCGUUGCUGUCGACACAGACAGUCGUCGUUGAUGUUGCUAAUGGCCGAAGUGAAGGCAGAGGCUGGGGCAGAGGCACAGGGGGAGGAGCUGUGAUAGUGGCAGCAACGUAGUUGGGCGGGGGGACAUAAGGAUGUCCGUAGUUGGGCGGAGGGAUAUGAGGAGGUCCAUAGCUGGGCAGAGGGACAUGAGGAUGUCCAUAGCUGGGCGGAGGGACAUGAGGAUGUCCGUAGCUGGGCGGGGGGACAUAUAUAGGACCAUAGAUGGCCGGUGGCGGCAGGGCAGACCCGUAGAUGGGUGGACCGCCUCCUUGAUAGGGUCCGUACGGGUCACCACCGGG